AAAUGAAAAUUACCCGGUUAUAUACCAGCAUCGUUAUGAAGCGCCUGAUACUCACAGCCUUGAUGAGCAAGAAGCACUGGUUAUUUUGAUACUGCCAAGGUUUUCUUCUGAUCUUCUCGGCCACGCACGCUAGCUCGCUCGCAGCAACAAUGGUUCUCGAGGCGACUAUGAUAUGCAUCGAUAAUUCCGAAUGGAUGCGAAAUGGCGAUUACUCGCCCUCUCGAUUUCAAGCUCAAGCAGAUGCUGUUAAUCUCAUAUGUGGUGCCAAAACACAAUCGAAUCCAGAGAAUACGGUGGGGAUUCUAACAAUGGCAGGCAGAGGAGUACGUGUUCUGACAACUCCUACUACUGAUCUUGGCAAAAUUUUGGCUUGUAUGCAUGAUGUUGAAAUGGGGGGUGAGAUGAACAUGGCAGCUGGAAUACAGGUUGCUCAACUAGCUCUUAAGCAUCGGCAGAACAAAAAUCUGCAGCAAAGAAUAAUAGUCUUUGCUGGAAGUCCUGUCAAAUAUGAUAGAAAGGUGCUGGAGGUCAUAGGGAAGAAAUUGAAGAAGAACAGUGUAGCCCUUGAUAUUGUUAAUUUUGGUGAAGAAGAAGAUCGAAAGCCACAGAAGUUAGAGGCCCUCCUUUCUGCUGUCAACAAUAAUGACAGCAGCCAUAUAGUUCACAUUCCUCCUGGUCCAAAUGCCCUUUCUGAUGUGCUUAUCAGUACUCCUGUAUUCAAUGGGGAUGGCGGAGACAGUGGCCUUCCUGCAGCAGCAGUUGGGAGUGACUUUGAUUUUGGUGUAGAUCCUAACUUAGAUCCUGAGCUAGCUCUUGCCCUUAGAGUUUCUAUGGAAGAGGAGAGGGCAAGGCAAGAAGCUGCUGCCAAGAGGGCUACUGAGGAAUCAGCUAGACAAGAAAGGAAAGAGGAACCAUCAUCCAAUCCACAGGAUGCAACUAUGGUUGAUAAUGCUAAUGAUAGAGCUUCUGAAACAACUGGGAACACUACUGAUCCCGUGGAUAAAGUUAAUGCAUUGUUGCAGCAGGCUGUAACACUGUCAAUGCAGACUCAUGGAUGUAAUGAUCCCUCUGUGCAUGAUGUUGAAAUGUCAGAAGCUACUCACGAGGAUCAGGAGCUGGCUAUUGCUCUUCAGAUGUCCAUGCAAGACGAUGCCAAAGAUCUAUCGAGUCAAUCAGAUAUGAGCAAGGUGCUGGAGGAUCAGUCCUUUAUGUCAUCUGUCCUUGCAUCACUUCCAGGAGUGGACCCUAAUGAUCCUGCAGUUAAAGAUCUGCUUGCGUCUUUGCAAAGCCAAUCUGAGUCUGAACAAAAGAAGAAUGAAGACCAGCCACCAAAUGAUGAAAAGUGAAAGUUUUUGGUGACACAGCUUCUAUAUCAAUGACAGGCUUGCAACUUCGAUGGUGUCUUUGCUGUAUUGCAUUGCUGAUUUUUUUUUUUUUUUUCUCAAGUUCUGGUGCAUUUCAGUUGAAAAUGAUUGAGACAACUGACAAUUUGCUGCCAUCUUAUGUUUGUUAACAUAUUAUGCAGCAGAAAUAUGGAAGAUUUGUACUUUGCAUGCAUCGAUGAAUGACUACUGUUUAAUGC